AGAGGAGCAAGAACUGCACGCGUCUCUGUCACCAGGACCAGCCUCACGGAGGAAUCGUAACCAUGCUGAAGCUCUGGUCUUUCACGUUUGCCUUUGUUCUGACUGUCUGUCAGAUGUACAUGACACAGGCGGCUCCGUCCAGAAUGACCUUUGAUGACCUCAUGGAUGGAGUCACGAUAUCCAACGAUGACCCUCAAAGGUUAAUAAAGGUCAUCAAAGAGCUCAUGCAGAAAACCCUGGAUGAGCAGGAGCUGGCAGCAGCUGACGUCAACAGCAACAUAACAAUUCAGAAGAGGGGAUGUAACACUGCUACCUGUGUAACCCACCGCCUGGCUGACUAUCUGAGUAGAUCAGGAGGACUUGGAUACAGUAACUUUGUUCCCACCAACGUUGGUGCCCAGGCUUUUGGCAGAAGGAGGCGACGUGGACCUGUGUGAGCCCUAACCUGAACUGAUGAUUUUGAGGACUGCCUGUCUGACACCUCACCAUCGUCCAUCCUCAUGCAUUAUGUGCAAGGUGUGCAUAAAACGUGCAUAAAACAUAUCCAAACGUGGACAGUUUUUCCUGUCGCCAAUUUAAACUGACUUAGAGCAGCAAAAUAGGAGUGAGAUGACGUUUCGCUUUGGUAACUAGACGCGAGGAAGAAUUAUUUUCUUUGCCUUGACCUGUAGCUCAACUGCCCUUUUGACCCCUGUCAGCAGUAUCCAGUGUCUAGCUCAAAGUCUUGUAGUGUGUGUCUGCUCUGCGAUGAACUCACCAGUGGCUGUCACGUGCCUUGAUGUGAAGCAACUCAUCCUC